GGAAACUUACUUAGGACGUCUAGGUAUGAUUUUCCGUAUGGUAGGCAUAGUUGCGGCGUAAACGAUCGCCGAUUUUUCUUCGAUCGGUGUCCAACAUUUCAUGCGUAAAAAACAUCAAUUCCAAUCAUGGCCAGUCAGUUAGGAGUGAACGACCACCAUCAGGAAUCCCUGGUCAAUUACAUGAGGUUCAGUCGCUACAAACGCAGCCAGAAUCUCCGAGGGGUGGAAGGGUGUUUCCAAGACCUCAAGGACAGCAGGUUGACAGAGGACACGUUCACUGCUGAUGAAGUGAACGACAUGCUAGAUGGCUUGGAGGCAGUGGUCCGGGGUGAGGUAGAGUCAGAAUUGAUCAACACAGCUCACACCAAUGUUCUGCUGCUGCGUCAGCUCUUCCAGCAAGCCGAGAAAUGGCACUUGAAGCUCAUGGCCGACAUAUCGGAAUUGGAAAACAGAGAGCUAAUUGAAAUGAUUGCAGAUUUUGAGGAAAGCCAAUUCUCUGGGAAAGCUGUCACAGGCAAGCCAACGUUUGAGAUGAAACGUCUGGAUCCCAUGGCUGGCGAAGGAGAGCAGCUUCUACACGCAGAGAUCAAACGACUGAACGAGGAGAACAAUAAACUGAAGGAACGACUCAAGCAAGUAGAAUCCAGGGCCACUGAUGCGAUGCAAGAACGCUCUCGCCUGGAGGCUGACCUCCACAGCACCCAGGAUGAGCUGGGCCACCUCAGAUCACGCAAGCCGGUCAAGGAUUCGGGCGACUUGAGCGAGCUGGAGAGCCAGAUGUCGGCCGUCAAGACAGAAAUGGAGAAGAAUCUCAAGAUGAGUUCCCAGAAGGCCGAUAGCCUGGAGGGUGACCUUGUUCAAACCAAACACAAGCUACUGGAGAUGAAAGCACAACUGGAAAUGACCGAAAAGGAGUUGGAGAAGAAGUUUAGCCAGACUGGGGCCUACAAGAACCUCAAGUCCAUGCUUUCUAAGAAGAAUGAUCAGAUCAAGGACUUGAGGUCACGACUACGGAAAUAUGAACCCGAUGACUAGUAAAACUCAGCGAUUCGGUCCAAAGCAGGGGUAGAAUUUCCAUUCUCUUGACAUUUAGGGGUGUGACGGUACCACUACUCUGAAUAGUUUAUUAUUUUAUGUCAUUUAGGUCACCAUAUAGUGUGCAUAAUGAGACAUACAUGUGUCAUGCACUCAAGGUUCCUGUAGUCAGGAAAGCCGUUGGAAGUAAAGAUUGAUCGGAGGCAAUGCCGUUACUGCAGUGUUGCGCCACUCAUGCAGGUGUUUUUAAACUUGAGGCGUACGUGCAUUUUGGCAAGGCAUAACUUGCUAUUAGACGAAAGGACCUGCAAGGCGUUUGUUCCAAUGCAGUCCAUGCAUGUAUAAUGGCAUCUAAUUCUGGUCAUCAACUUAUUAUAGGUAUUGAACGUAUUCAUGCAUGAGUUGUCCACAUGCUGUGCAUGAGUGUUGAAUUUCAUCUUCCUGAUAUUUGCAACCCCUUUUCAACUUGACCUGCUCAUUUGUUCUCAAGUUUCACUUGUAGCUCCCUCUUAUAAAUAUUUUUUUACAGUCAAUCCGUGUUCCCAUUGGACUUUUUUGGGGUCCAAACACGGACGUAUGUAAAAAACCAGGACCUGCAACGCCUUUGUAUGAAAUAGAAGCCAACCAGCAGCCAUUUCACCGAGCCGAAUACAAAUGCGCAGGUUGGCUCGCUUCAACUGACGCCAGGGAGAACUAAGGCGGGCAUUGCCGGGCAAGUUUUGUAUUCGGCUCGGUAAAAUGGCCGCUAGUGGAUUCAGUGAUCUCUGUAAGCUGAUUAAGGGCAUUACCAGUCCAGAAUUUUUUGUAUAUGGGUCCAAAUGGAAAGAGCCAAAAGAUGCAUGCUGCAGGCAAUCAUGGUAAUGUUUCUGCGCAGGCAAGGAAGAACAAGUCAGGUGGGAACACGGCUUUAGAAUAUUUAUCGUUCAGAGCUUUGUUCCUCUGGGUCCAAAUUCUUUUAUUUCAUGUAAAGUCUAGCCCUAACUGUACCAAAUCCUUUAUUUCAAAAUAUGAUGUUACAUACACGCUGGGGGUUAGGGUUAAUCAGACGGCAGCACCAUGGCUUUUUGAAGUUGCAUUUUUUUUGGCAUCUCACAGUGUUUCACUAGAUCAGUGUUCCCUUCUUUUAAUUACCAAUUCAGGGUUAACAGGAACAUUAAAUCAGGGCACUUCAGGGAAAGGAAGAAGUGGCAGGAUUGUGUCUUCAUUUGUAUCAUUUGGGAAGCCAUGACUGUUCCUUGAUAUAUCCCCGGUGUGAAAUGGCAAAGAGACAAAAUAUGUAGGAAACAGUUAGUUGAGUGGAUAGAUCAAACUUUGAAAUAAAGGUCCAAAACGUGAAUAUGGUAUCCCUGGCAAAGCCCCCUCUCUGACUUGUAGAAAAUAUUCACAACCAUUCUUUCUAUCUUGGUUAAAACAUCAUAGCUUUAAAAAAAAAUGUUUUUUUUUUAAAUGAAGGAGACAGAAUAUCCAUCCCUGAGUAUUCUGAUGUUCAUGUUUGGAUUAAAAAAAUGUAGGAUUGAUUUGUGUACACGUGAAGAAGUUGGAUUUGUGUGUACAUGAACUGCUUACAGAAUGUUCAGCAUUUACAAAACAGCUGGUGCGUGUUGCAUGUUUGCCUUUCAAUAGAUCCAACACAUGUGUGGAACUAAGAACCUUAAACGUACAAACAAGUGUUCAGAAAAAAAAACUUUUUAAGUGAAAAUAUUCUCCUCGUAGGGCAAAACGUGAGGUGUAUUUCAUUUUCGUUCUUUCUAAAGAGCAUGCGAAGAGCCCCAAAAUGUAGCCUCACCUCUCAGAAGGGCCAUUAGAGAAAAUGCGUCCAUUACCUCCCUCACCCACAAGUCUUCACCCCCCAUCCAGAAAAGGUGGUUUUGGACCCUUGUCCGCAUUAAUACAUGCGUUAGAUAAGACCUCAGAAUAGUGCUCAUUUGUCUUUGAGUUGCCGCUUAAAGCUUUCAACAUUUUACCUAGGACCAUCAGUUGUGACCAAAGAGUUUGAAUAUUUGUAAGAAUUAGAAUUAGAUCUAAUAAUAAAACAAAUUGCUUGUACAUGUGGGUUGCUCUGCUAUUUAAAAUGGUGGCGGGCAGUUAGUAAUUCUUUCCCGAGUAGGGAACAGUUUUGUUUGGUCUUACAAUAGGCAUCUCAACAGUUGCAAAAAUCAACUGUAGAAAACUUUCAGUGACCAUAAUUUUGGCAAAAAGUAGGCUACAAAGUCAUCUUAAUACCAGGUGGCAACCAUCACAAAAAGCAUCACAAAUUAAUGACUCUUGAUAAAAUUAUCGUAGCAUGUGCCUUGUCAUGAUAUGUAUCAUAUUGAGUUCAUGUGAUUAAUCCCACCCAGUUGUUUAUUUCAGAUGUAAAUUUGAGCCAAAUAGUUGUCGUUCAGUAUGCCACCCACAGAAAUAUUCAAAGUCCAGGUAGUAGACUGCUUUUUUUCUCUUUUCUAUCGCUUGGUCUAUCUUUAUGGCAGUACUGAAUAUGUAUCUGUGGUGUUAAGUUGUCAAAGCAAUUAGUACUAUGAAAGUAAGUAUACGUAUUAAUCUUAUUGUGGUAACGGAUUGCUGGCUACUUCAAGUUUGUACAGAAAUUGUCAAUUUAUUAUACACUAAAUAAACCUAUGUAUUUUGUCCAGGCAACUUAA